AUGGAGUCCGCAAGAGGCAAAUGGCCUCGCCCUAACAAGGGACGUAAGGCAGCGACAUCCACUUUAAGCGACAAGGGAGAAGAUGGAACUAAAUCCGUCAAACCAGCUUACGAGUCGUCACCCACUCAACAGACCGCGAUCCUGCAGGAUGACUCCUCACUGGGCCAACUAUCCACCCCUUACCAAGACAGCGAGGUCUACCUCGGAGAGUCUACACUACUGCGGGCAGUUCACAGCCACAGCGGUCAAGCAGGGCCCUACCGCAGCAACAAAUCCGGCCUUCGAUAUCCAUUGCCUGCAAUCGCAGCUGUGCCCGAUUGGGAAAUCCAACGACGACAGCGCAGAUUGGAAAUGCUUUCUGCCGAGGGUGCUAUGAUUGUCCCCGACAAAUGGGUCCAAGAUGGCUUAUUUGGAGCGUACUUCAGAUGGUUCCACAUAUGUUUUCCUGUGGUAAACAAAGAGGCAAUCCUUCGCCAAAGCCAGGCUGGUGACCUUUCGCCUAUGCUUUGCCACGCGAUGAUGUUUAUUGGGGUCAUUCAUUGCAAGGCAGACAAAUUAAAAGAAAUCGGGUUGGGCAAUGGUGAAGAAGCAAGGCAUCUGUUUUACAAUCGCGCCAAGGACCUCUACGAUGCCGACUUUGAGUCCAACUCGCUAACCCAGCUGCAAGUAAUGUUUUUGUUAAGCUUUUGGCGUGCUGGCCCGUUACUGCAAAAGGAUUGUCGCUAUUGGCUUGGGGGAGCGAUCGCUCUUGCGCAGAAGAAGGCCAUGCACCGAUCAUUUAGUAGUCCGGAUGUCGUUCAAGCCAAGCUACGCAAAAGGAUAUGGUGGUCUAUUUACGUAAGGGAACGCCAGUGUGCUGCUGCCCUAGGCUUACCAAAUCGAAUUCGCGAUGAAGACUGCGACGUUGCGUCUCUCACUCCCCUGGACUUUGAUGAUAUAGAAAGCGCAAGUUCUCCUGCUCUGGCCCACAACUGGGAACAUGUCAACUAUGCCAUUGAAAUGGCAAAACUGGCCGGCUUUCUUGGAAAGAUUGUUUGGAAGGAGUAUACGCCAAACAGUGAUUGCAGUCUAGCUGGUAGAACCCAGCUGAAAGCUGAACUCAACGGCUGGUACCAUCAGCUACCCGAUGUUCUACGCCUGGGUAAUGAGGCUGGGGGGUUAUUUGUAGGGAUGUUGCAUAUGGCCUAUAAUAACCUACUAAUUCUUCUAUCCCGAAGAGCAUUUAUUGCAGCAGAGCAAACAGGCGCUCAUAAAGACAGCCAGAUCGCUUACCAUUCCGCGUGCCGAAUCUCCCGAAUUGCCGAGGACCUUCUUGCAGAGGAUCUUCUUGGGUACGGCCAGAUACAUCUCAUUACGUGCCUUUUCAACGCUCUAUGCAUUCACACGGUGAAUUUGCGGCGGGUCGAAGGUACUUCUCGACUUGUGGCUGAGCAUCGUGCCAAAAUCUGCCUGUACGGCCUCCGGGAACUGCAGAAAACAUGGGAGGUAACCAACUGGAUACUUCAACUAUUUUUCCAGUACCUUGAUCGCUCUAUGGCCGGACGCCUACAGACAAAUGGCCAUGAAGAAGAUGGCUCGCAGGCUAUGCCAGAGGCAGAGGAAGCACCUACAGCUCCUGGUCUUCCAAUAACCAUUCCGAUUACACCGAGAGAUGCUUUUAUGGACCCAAAUGAACUAGGCGUGGACAUGCCACUGUCAAUGGCAUUCGGCUCAGAUAGUGUGAAUGGCGCUUGGCCUGAAGGGAACGAUGGAUUCUGGUCUAAUGCUUUAUCGAGCCUUGAUGGGAUCACCCCGGUUGACCUUGAGCUUCUUGCCGGCUGUCUUACCUGA